AAUAUAAUUUUGGUGGACAUGAUUUUGAUUCUACUGGUGUGUUUAUUAUGAAACCCAAGACUGGUCCGCCUAAUGUGACAUUCAAAGAUUCAGUAUUUAUGGGAUAUACGUCAUUGAGUAAAGAAGAAGUAAAGAACGCUAUCGAAGAAUUAUCUAGAGAGUGGAGUGGAAAUAGUUAUAAUUUUGAGUUAUGUAAUAAAUUGGUUGGAAAACCUGCACCAAAUUGGAUAAAUCGUGCCGCGAAAUUAGGAACCCUCUUUCCAU